CUUUUCAUUCAAAUCGACGUCGUUUCAUCUUAGUCGGACGGCGUUUUAUAACCUCAGACUCUCCUCCCAUCGAUCAUCCUCUCUCUCAUCAGAAGAAGAAGGGACGAAAGAAGAAGUAUCUUUGUUUUCGCUCUCUUCUCUCUCCUUUCGAUCUUUGACGAUUAGAAAACGAAAGUGAUGGCUGCAGUUAAUGGGUACCAAGGAAACACUCCGGCGGCGUCAAAGCAAUCUGCUCCUCUGACUAAGACUGUUGAUAGCCAAUCUGUUCUCAAAAGGCUGCAAUCUGAACUAAUGGGCUUGAUGAUGGGUGGUGACCCGGGGAUAUCUGCUUUCCCAGAGGAAGACAACAUAUUCUGUUGGAAAGGGACAAUAACAGGAAGCAAAGAUACUGUGUUUGAAGGAACUGAGUACAGACUCUCACUCUCUUUCUCCAAUGACUAUCCUUUCAAGCCUCCUAAGAUCAAGUUCCACACUGGUUGCUUCCACCCCAAUGUUGAUGUCUAUGGCAAUAUCUGUUUGGACAUUCUUCAGGAUAAAUGGUCAUCUGCAUAUGAUGUGAGGACAAUACUACUAUCGAUUCAGAGCCUUUUGGGAGAACCGAACAUCAGCUCACCAUUGAACACUCAAGCAGCGCAGCUCUGGAGCAACCAAGAAGAGUAUAGGAAGAUGGUUGAGAAGCUCUACAAGCCCCCCAGUGCAUGAUAACUUCAGGAUGUGUCAUUCCUUUGCUCUAUAAUUUGUUUCUGAUCAUCAACAGUUUUAUCUGUAACAUUUUACCUAGCCUUUUGACCUGAGCCAAAUAUUGAUAUUGAUGUGAGCUUUUCAAAAAUUAAUCAGAAUGAUAUACACAUUCUUCUUAUU